GACUAUACUACUUUGUUCACUGUGCUGGAGCCAUCUUCAAUCCAAAGUCAAUCCAGCAGCCAUGGGCGGAUGGUACAAGCCCGAUGAUGUGUCUGACGGCUAUGACCGUACAGACAGACAAUACUUUUAUGACGGUUCAGCAAAAGACAAAAACGACCUUGACUCUGUCAACCUCCUGGAGCGGUAUCCAAACAUGUUGGAUAGAUAUGUUCAACCUACCGAAGUCACUGUCGCCGAUGCUGUCUGUAUCGCCGUUCGCUUUCUCACGAACUUUAGUAACAACGGUCAUCUCGUUUCAGAACCUUCUCGGCGAUUCAUCUAUUACAAUGCCAGAGCACUUCCUCUCAUGGAAAGGUCCAACAAUAAGACUAAAUGGCCGACGGGGGUCUCUCAUGGGCCUAUAAGCAUUCGGCAAGCCUUGAGAGCUCUAGAGGUCUAUGGUGUCAUGAUGGAAGAGCGCUAUCCAUGGAUUCAGCAGGAUCUUGGCUAUGCACCCGAUGCUUUCUUAAGUAUCGACGGACGUCCUUCGAAUAUUGCUUACGACGAGGCUGCUUGUGCUGCGGUUCUUGAACCGUACCGUGUUGAUUUAUAUCGACCGGAUGUCGCAGGUGCAAUAGACGAGCUUGAGCGGCGAAGUGUUGGCGCUACCACUCUAACUCGGGUAAAGCUGUGUCUUUCUCAGGGAUAUCCAGUCAUUUUCGCUUUUCACUUCUUUUGGGACACUUUCAGAACCGUUGGGCCUGUAGAUGGUGACAAAGGGUAUCCAACAAUUGAGAAGAUUCCAAAGAAACGGCGUUUUGGUGGCCAACGACACGACGAGCGCCACGACUCCCAAGCUGCUCUCAUUGUCGGCUUCGACCAGGCCAAGAGGCGGAUGCUCGUGCAAAGUAUGAUGGAGUCUGUUCCUUACUUCUGGAUGUCGUACGAAUGGAUCCUGGAUGUUGAUGCCACGGAAAGCUUCUGGAUGUUGAAAAACUCGGGAAGAAGCAGAGAUCGCCGUGAGAUGGAGCAGGUCAAGGAUGACAGCUGGUAUCAGUGGGAAGAAUUCGGUUCUUGGCACCUCGAUCGCUUGUCAGAUUCAUCAAACGUUAGUCAAGCUCCCAACAGCUCAAUCGCGGUCAUAUCGCGCGACAAGGGACAAGUCGAUAUGUUCUGGAUCUCAGAGCAAUGUACUGUUGAACGAGCAUACUCCGCGCCCGACGGAUGGAAACGAGAAAGAAUCCCUAUCAGGGACAACGAGAUACCGUUCCCAAGCGCUAUCGCCGCUGUUUCAGCUCACGAGAACAAACUCGAUAUCUUUUGGAUGACUAAAGAAGGCGCAGUCUGCAACGGCUCUUGGCAAACUGUUGAUCCCCAGUGGUUUACGCGGAGAGUCAUGGGUAAUGGCACAGCUGAGCCACGAGCAGGGCUUUCUGCAACAACUGGCGAAAAGGGUGGUGAAAACGUAGACCGAAUCAACGUCUACUGCGUUGGACCUAACGCCUCUAUCAAGCAUAUUCAAACAACGAGGAGUUGGGCAGGAUCAGACACUGUGACGGAGAUUUCUGAGCCAAACGCUGCCUACGCAUAUAGUAACAUUUCGGCGGCGGCAGGCUGGAUUGACGAGCUCAAAUACCAGGGUGGCACUUACUGGCUGGACGUAGUGGUCUGGAUUGCCCCCAACCGAUCGACAGAGGGCAAAAGACAGGGCCGAAACGGUGGAUGGUUCGACCUGUGGAAGUACAAAGGACAGCCAACUGCACACUUGAACUCCCGCAUCUCAGCCUAUAUCCAGCAUCGCCAUAGCCUCCAGAUGUUGUAUGUAACCCCAAAGGGAGAGCUCAACCAUGACUACGCAAGUAUAAAGGUCGGGGAUGAUGAGAAGGCAGAUGGUCGAUAUCCAGACAGGAUGGCUGGUUUCCCUGACGAAAAGGUUAGAGUUGAUUCUGAUAUCAAGGCCAUUGUUGUCCCAAACAACGAGAGGAUGAGUAUCAUUGUACUAUUUCAGAAUGAGUCGAGUCAACUUUUCAUGUAUGUAUCGGGUCCUACUCCGAGUCUUGGACCGAAAGGGCUAUUCAAGUUGUGUGAGCCUCGAGGUGUGAGGCGAGGAAGUCCCCUUGGAGUUGCACUCUGCAAUGGAAAGCCCGUCAUUGGUAUGAAGGUUGACGAUGGCCGGAUCGGAGCUGGUUAUUGGGGUAGCUUAACUGGUUGAGUUAUACACUUUAGAUAUUACACCUUUCUCAAUGUUAAAUACUGA